GUCCGGGUCCGGAACCUCCGCAAGACCUUCGGCGACUUCCGCGCGGUCGACGGCGUGAGCUUCGACAUGGUCGAGUCGGAGAUCUUCUGCCUCCUGGGCCACAACGGCGCGGGGAAGACGACGACGAUCUCCAUGCUCUCCGGGCUCACGCCGCCGGACCGGGCCGCGGCCGGCGCGCCGCCGGCCGCGGCCGUCUACGGCUUCGACGUCGGCGACGCGGACGCCAUGCGCGACCUGCGGCGCAACCUCGGCGUCUGCCCCCAGCACGACAUCCUCUUCCAGCACCUGACGCUGGAGGAGCACGUCGCGUUCUUCGGGCGGCUGAAGGGCAAGUCGAAGGACGCCGCGGAGCGCGACGCCGCGGCGCUCCUCCGCGUCUUCCACCUCGGCGACCGGUCCCACCACCUGGGCUCGGAGCUGAGCGGCGGCCAGAAGCGCAAGCUCAGCGUGUCCAUCGCGCUGAGCGGCCACUCGAAGUUCGUCGUGCUCGACGAGCCGACGGCGGGCAUGGACCCCGUCGCGCGGCGCGAGUUCUGGACGUUGCUGCGGUCCGUGCGGCUCCGGCGCGCGCUCCUCCUGACGACGCACCACAUGGACGAGGCGGAGGCGUUGGGCGACCGCGUGGCCAUCAUGGCGAGCGGCAAGGUCAAGGCCGACGGGUCCAUCGACUUCCUCAAGCGGCGCUUCGGGAGCGGCUACCGCCUC